CAAGGUUUAGUAGCGGGGAUAGCGUGGCGCGCGACUCGUUUUGCGAUUGGUUCAACGUUCUUCGUCCAGUUACUGUGCUGUCGUCGGUAGGAACGCACUAGUAAUGUUUAUGUCUUUCUCUCUCUCUCUCUUUCUCUCUCUAUCUCUAUCUAUAUCUAUCUAUCUUUCAUUUUCUCUUUUCCUAUCUCAUUCCGAGACGGCUCCGUCGCGUCUAUCGUUCUUUCUACUCGGUGGAGGCAACUUCGCGUCGCGUUCGAUCGGUAAAAUUUCUUAGGUUAUUUGGAAGAAAAGAACGUACACCCCGAGAAAAAAACACAACAUGUUUAUUUUCGUCUGUGUGUAAAAUGUGUGAAUAAAGAAAGUAAGAUAUAAAGAUAAUUGAAAAGAGAGAAGGAAAUAAAUAAAUAAAUAAAUAAAUAAGUAAAUAAAUAAAUAAGCUUAAGACGAGGAUGGUUCGCGCGUGAGAAUAUAACGAUGAACUGCAUCGUUUUGUGCACAAAGAUAGACGGAUAGAGAGAAAGCAGAGUGAGUGAGUGAUUGUAGCAGUAUAGUGGCCAAAAUGGCGGAAUCAAGUUAUUAUCAGGGCGAUUACAUCAGGCACCCAGUUCUUUACGAACUGUCGAGCAAGUACGGUGUUGCUGGCAGUGAUCAGGUGCCCUUGCCGGCUCGUCUCGAUGAGCUCCGGGAACACAUACGCAGAGAAAUACGUAAGGAGUUAAAAAUAAAAGCCGGAGCUGAGAAACUACGAGAGGUUGCUACCGAUCGCAAGGCACUCUCGGAUGUCGCGACGAUCGUGAAAAAGGCCAAUAGCAAGCUGAACGAGCUCCAAGCUGAGCUCCAGCAGCUCGAAAGUCAAAUUAUACUGACGCAGGGCCAGCCGCAGUCGCCGCAACAAAAUCACUCCAACGGUCAAGACACACCUCUGUCACCAAUGGGGCCUUCGUCACCAAGCCAGGAAGGUCUGUUCACGGAUCUUCGACUUUUAUCUUUGGAAAAGCAACUUAACAUCGAAUUAAAGGUAAAACAGGGAGCGGAGAACAUGAUACAGAGUUUGACGAGUGGUCACAGAGACAAGAAAUUACUUCAAGAAGCUCAACAGAUGCUCGAUGAUUCCCGCGCUAAAAUCGAGUUCCUACGCAUGCGCAUAAUGAAGGUGCGACAAGCGCGCCAACAACAACAUGCUCGAGGUGACGGGCCACCUCCUAAUGGCGAAUCAACUGGCAACAAAGAUAGGUACGAGCCCAGUUUAGAGCUUGCUUUGGAAGAACGUGUCGAAGAGUUGCGACAUCGGCUUAGAAUUGAAGCAGCUGUUGUGGAAGGUGCAAAAAAUGUAAUACGUCUUCUGCAAAGUGCCAAAGUUGCUGAUAAGAAGGCUCUGACGGAAGUACGUAUUCUUCUUUUAUCUCACUUUUCAAUCUUUCAUAUGGAUUACACAGAGAGAGAGAGAGAGAGAGAGAGAAAGGACACCCGUCAAAUCCAUGAAGAAAAGAACAACAUUGAACGUGAAAAGAAGAAAUCUUCAAACGGAAAUCUUGACAAGCCGAGAAAACCUUUCUUGGCCAAUCGCAGUCGUAAGUUAUUCAGGAAUUGACGAUGUCCUGCGGUGGAUGACAGCGUGGAAGAGGUUGAAGAAGAGGACGAUCGUAGGAUGUACGGAGGUGAAAAAGAGAAAGAAGACGAUCGAAAACGAUCGCAAGAUGCUGAUGCGAGAUGUUCAGAAACAACAGCACCACCACCACCAUGGUUGGUCAGAGCAGAAGUUACGAUUCGUCAUGGCGGUAUUCAGACCAAUUCGGAUUCUGGACAGUCACCGGUACGUGCAUCAUCAACUGUGACUGAUUCUAAUGGUGUAAGGAUGAUAUAUCGUUGGAAUACUAGCCAACCAAAUAUUAAUCCUCCAACAACAACAACAACAACAACAACAACAGCAGUACCUUCGAUGACUUCAUCGAUGGGUACAAUUCCACCAAAUUCUUAUGGGUUUCAACGUGGAAAUAUAUUGUUCACGUCAACACCACCACCUAGAAGUCAACCAUCCGGUUCAUUUACAAUUCCACGUUCAGUAUCCUCGAUGAAAGAUGACUCAAAUUUAUCAAGAAAUCGAGGUUUCAAUGAUUCCGGAUACAACAGUGAACGAUUUUCACCACAAUCUUAUUCAAGUUUGCCAUCUCGUCGAUCCUCGCAACAAUACAAUCGACGUUGUAAAAGUACAUGUAACAUCGUACUAGCUGCGUUUGAUCCCAAGAAGAAUUUAAGUAACGAAGAGUUUAUAACUACGAGAUCACAAACGAGAGAACCUUUGAAAUUUUCCCCAUUGGAAGCUGAUCGACCACCUUUGCAUUACCAUCGAAUGGCGUCCCAUCAUCAUCAACAGCAUCAUCAUCAUAAUCAACAACAACAACACGUCUCUGCUCGUUCACGUUUCAGUACCGUACCUGAAGUCUGUGAAGAUUGUGCUGAAGGUAGUACUGCAAGUCCAUUUACCACUCAUUUCUGUACACGUGUGUUAGAGAAAACAACGAACAAAAGAACAACGACCAUUAGUAAAGAUGCGUCUUCCCAAACGACGGAUAUUGAAUCUAGAUCUUCCUCCUUGACAACAUCGAAAACAGGAAAAGUCAGACGAAAGACAUUGGAUAUAUACUUGGCCGACGAACAAAAGAGAAAGAAGCAAGAGAAUUCAUCUAUCGGAGCUUCGAUCGAUACAACAACGCAACCUUCAACGACUACAGCAACUACCACGGAUACUGAAAAAUCCGAUGCAUCAACCGUAGAUGAGAAUUCCAAACGUAAAUCUCGUACGGUUCACAUAGACGUUUAUUGCACUGGCUCAGAUGAGGAGUGUAGUACAGAGUCAAGCGAGGAAGAACAUUCAACCACAGCGAUGACCGUCUUCGAGAACAAGGACGUCAAAGUGACGCAUACUCAGCAAACUACGGAUAACGAUUUACCUCGUGGAUUUACAGAUAAUAAGGCGUUUCUCGCGCGAACAGCUGAGAGACGAUGUGAAAGUUUCAAAAACGCUCCCAUGAGAAUGCCCUCGUUGGCUAGCUCGAAAGGUUACGAAAGCGACGAUUUACUAAGUUCUCUUUAUCCGUCGCAAUUUAGUUCUUACAGCGCGCUUAAAGAUAUUGAUUCAACACCAUGGUCUGCAGCAUCGUCAAUGAUUGCAUUGCCCUUUCCUGACGAUUACGAUUCUGCAGCUGCUACAUCCGCAAAAGAUACAUUUUCCGACGUAGAAUCUAUAAUCAAUGGUGGUAAACCAACGUUGACUUCAUGCGAUAGUUUCGAAUAUGCCAAUUCGUCCGAUCGUGAGAGAAUACGUAAAAUGGAGACCAUUUGGAGUAGUAAAAACGAGUCCGAAGAGAAGGAUAAAACUUGGAGAUCACCGCAGAUCGAGCGUAAGCAUUUAUUAAGGAACAAGAAGAUGAGGGAAUAUUUAGAGAAGCAUGAAAUCGGUUGGUCUUCUGAUGAAACUGCUGCUGAAUCGGAUGACAGUGGAACCAUAGGUUGGACCUUUAUAGCUAAUAAGGAUCAUUCUGAGGAAGCAUCUAAAAAAAAGGAUAUCGUUUCUUCUACGAGUCAAAUAAAUUCGGAAACUGUUGAAAACAUUUCCCCAAAUGUCGUACAUCAUCAAGAAUCUAAACGUUGUGAUCCUUUAGACGAUCAUUCCGAUUCCACGAGCCGAAGUGAACUUGGCUCACGAACGUAUACACUUCGCGAUCAGAUUGGACUGUUUAGUUCGAAAAGUCCUUCACCUCUUCCUUCGAAAGUACCUUCAAGGGUGACCUCUCCCUUUAUGACACCCCAAGGUGAAAGAACGGAUCAUAUCGUGAAAGCAUCGAUUUUUGGUUCUGCUCAGGCAAGUCUCGCGGAAUCCAGUAGAAAAUUGGACUUACUUAGAUUAUCUCUUGAGCUUAGAAGACAAGAAUUACCUUCAGACAGUGGUACCGCUGCCCAAUUAAAGAGAGAACUAGCCAGUGUACAGUCGGCAAGUCCUGUUCCUGUUACUUACACAUCCUUACAACCAUUUCGUGGCCCAUUAGAAGGCAGGGCUACAGUACCUGCAUCUGUUUCUAGAUGUGCUGCAGUCACUGGCCAAUUGGAGGUAAGAUUAAUGGGAUGCCAAGGUUUAGCGGAAGAAGUUCCUGGACGUACGAGAAGAGAACACCCUGCCAGUCCUGAUUUACGUAGCUUUGUUAAAGGUGUAACAGGACGUAGUUCAAGUAAAUCUUAUAGCGUUAAAGACGAGACGAGUAAUGAUAUUAUGGCGGUUAUAAAACUUGAUAAUCAAACCGUAGCACAAACUAGUUGGAGACCGUGUUCCCAGCAGGCUUGGGACCAAAGAUUUUCUAUCGAACUAGAUAAGUCAAGGGAACUCGAAAUAGGCAUUUAUUGGAAAGAUUGGAGAUCAUUAUGCGCAGUGAAAUUUUUACGUUUAGAAGAAUUUAUUGACGAUGUGAGACACGGAAUGGCAUUACAAUUGGAACCUCAAGGAUUAUUAUUUGCUGAAAUUAAAUUCUUAAAUCCAAUGAUAUCAAGGAAGCCUAAAUUGCAACGUCAACGUAAAAUAUUUAAACAACAAGUUAAAAACUUCCCACGGGCUAAUCAAAUGAACAUCAAUGUUGCCACCUGGGGUAGACUUCUUAAACGUUCUGCACCAUCUUUGCAUAAUACAAGAAAUUCUGAAAGUCCAUCAUCAGGACCACAACCAUUACAAAUUGUUUUUGAUACCUCAAUAGAAGAUAAGCCUGAAACACCUGGAGAAUUACCGGAUCCUGAAAAAGGUGGCUUAGGUGGUGCUCGACCAUUAGGAAUGGCAACUUCAACUAGUAGUCCAGUUUUACCACGUCCACCUGAACAUCCACCUCCACCACCACCAACGGUUACUAAAAAACCUUCUCUGCCAGCACCACCACCACCACCAAAAUUAGAUCAGGAGAGUGCAUUAAGGGAGUUUGAUUUCCUGCACAACGAGGAGAAAGGGGGCUGUCAGGGUGCAAAUUUGAGGCCCCUUGUGACAGAGCCCCGUCCUGUGCUGAUUGCACCACCCUCUCCACGCACACCCUCGCCCCAACCCGUGGUCGAGUUUCCUGAAGAUGAGGUUGUGUAUGAACUACCAGUCAGGCCUUUGCAAUAUAGAGAUAGCGCGUAUGAAUCUAGAAGACAUUCUCAACUUACUGGCAUGACUUUAGACAACUUCAGGUUACUCUCUGUUCUUGGUCGAGGUCAUUUUGGAAAAGUUAUUUUGUCACAAUACAGAAAUACAGGAGAAUAUUUUGCCAUUAAGGCAUUGAAGAAAGGUGAUAUUAUAGCGAGAGACGAAGUUGAAUCACUGCUUUCCGAAAAGAGAAUAUUUGAAGUUGCUAAUGCUACGCGUCAUCCAUUCCUGGUGAAUUUGUUCGCUUGUUUCCAAACCGAAGCACACGUUUGUUUCGUAAUGGAAUAUGCAGCUGGUGGUGAUCUUAUGAUGCAUAUACAUGCAGACGUUUUUGGUGAACCACGCGCUGUAUUUUAUUCUGCUUGCGUUGUCUUAGGAUUGCAAUAUUUACAUGAAAGUCGAAUUAUAUAUAGAGAUUUGAAAUUAGAUAAUUUGUUAUUGGAUACGGAAGGAUAUGUGAAAAUAGCAGAUUUUGGACUUUGUAAAGAAGGUAUGGGUUACGGCGACCGAACUGGGACUUUUUGUGGAACACCAGAAUUUUUAGCACCAGAAGUUCUCACCGAGACAUCAUAUACACGAGCUGUAGAUUGGUGGGGCCUUGGAGUACUUAUAUUUGAGAUGCUUGUUGGAGAGUCUCCAUUCCCCGGUGAUGACGAAGAAGAAGUAUUUGAUUCGAUAGUGAAUGAUGAAGUUCGUUACCCAAGAUUCCUUUCUUUGGAAGCUAUAGCUAUAAUGAGAAGGUUGCUCAGAAAGAAUCCAGACAGAAGAUUAGGUAGUAGUGAAAGAGAUGCAGAGGAUGUUAAAAAGCAAGCAUUCUUUAGGCACAUAGCAUGGGAUGAUUUAUUAUUAAGACGCGUGAAACCACCUUUCGUACCAGUUAUUCAUUCUGUGGAAGACGUUAGUAAUUUUGACGAAGAAUUUACAUCAGAAAAGCCACAGCUCACUCCGCCUAAGGAUCCCAGACCUCUCAGCGACAUGGAACAAAGCUUCUUUAAAGAUUUCACAUACAUGGCUGAUUGGUGCUAACUAUAGUAAUAUGGAAUUUUAUGUUCUUCCAAUAAUAGUUCAUCAUUUUAUUUGUGUCCUAUAAUUUAGAUUAAACUAUGUUAAAUUACAUCAAAAAACAUAGAGGAAAAAAAUGAAAAUUCUUAUGGAAAGAAGAUUGAUGGAUGGCAUUGUGCUUUAUACAAUAAUUAUUAUUAUUUUUAAUAGAAAUCAAAACUUCUGUAAACUUAUGAUUUACCAUUGAAUCUCGGAUUUUCAUCUGAAUUAUGUGUAAUAGAAGAGAGAAAUUUUAUUUUAGUGCCAGGCAUAUUACAUGUAUGGCUAUAUUAUUUCUAUUUCGUUUGCGUCACGUAAGUUAUUAAAAUGUAAUCAAUUAUUUUGAAAACCAAUAUUUGAACAACAACAAAAUGAUAGGAUUCGUAAUAACACCUGUAUUACAUGUAUAUGUUAGUAAAAACAUAUAUGUCUAAAAAAGGAAAUACGAAAAGAAAAAAGAAUGCAAACAUAAAUAACAUAAAUAACAUAAAAAUAAGUAACUUCUAAAUUACUAUCGUCAACUAUGAUAUACAUAUAUUAUAUAUAUAUAUAAUGCGAAAUCGAGCGAUCAAGUGAACGAGAGAGAGAGAGAGAGAGAGAGAAAGAAAGAGAGACAGAGAGAAAAGGAGAGCAAGAGAGUGAGAGAUGUAGAUAAAUACUAUCGAGACAAGGAUCACAUUUAUUUGCAUGUGCAUUUUUAAAUAUUAAACAAAACUUUCCCACUAAGUGCAUGAAGAAUAUAAGAAAAAAUAUUUUACAUAUAAAAUUAUAUAAGUAUACUGUACAACAGACACGUUUAAGCACUGAUCAUGUACGAUGAUCACAUUAGAAUUACAU